AUUGAAAACUAAAACAAAAAAAAAAUUGUUUUGUUUUGACUGUGGUUUUGUGUGAUGGCUGAAACUAAAUUCUGCUACAUCAACAAAAUGUUUACAAAGUUACAUUGUCGACAUUAUGCAGUGUAUGGUCAUCAAGGACAGUGAAGAUUUUUUCUCGCGUUUUUUGUUAGGAUUUUAAAGAGAAAUGGCAUCAGCGAGUUCAUGACCCAUCGGGCUAAGAAAUGGCAAAGAAAAGUGUUGAAGUGCAAGUGUAUGAUAGUGAUUUUGCCGUAUAUCUUCGCGAAUCUUUAUCGUACGAAAUUAUGGUGGAAUCACGGUCUAAGAGCAGGUUGCGUGGGAUAAUUUUUAUAUGCAUUAUGUUAGCAGUUAGUGGUAUUAUUUAUUUGGGAUAUUUUUGCCCCGAUCAAAUUUGUGCACUGACAUCCAGAGAAACGUCCUGGCGUGACUGGACGUUACGAUAUCCUUUAGAAGACAAUUUGGGCAAGCCUCUAGCUAUGCACUCAGGGCCCGUAAACUCUAAAGUGGCUAGUCCGGGUAUGAGCUACGAUGAUGUUUUGAACGAAAACUUUCAGUUCGACAUGAAUGCCCACGAUGUCAUGGUGUUUUUGCAUAUACAGAAAACUGGCGGCACGUCGUUCGGCAGACACUUGGUCCGCGACCUUGACUUGGAGAGACCCUGUACUUGCCAGCGGAAAAAGAAGCGUUGCUAUUGCUUUCGCCCCAACCGAAACGAAAAUUGGCUGUUCAGUCGGUAUUCGACUGGGUGGAAAUGUGGCCUGCAUGCUGAUUGGACAGAGUUGACUAGUUGUGUGGACUCUGAGCUUGACAAAAACGAAGGAGAUGCAGUAAAACGAAGAUACUUUUACAUCACCCUGCUGCGGGAGCCAAUCAGCCGCUACCUGUCGGAGUUCCGGCACGUGCAGCGCGGCGCCACCUGGCGCAACUCGCGCCACUGGUGUGGGGGCCACUCGGCGACCCCUCAGGAGCUGCCUCAGUGCUACCAGGGGCUCACCUGGAAGGGGGUCACGCUCGACGAAUUCAUGGCCUGCCCGCACAACCUCGCAGCCAACAGGCAGACACGAAUGUUGGCAGACCUGGCUCUUGUCGGCUGUUACAACACGUCCUACAUGCCAUCAGCCGCAGAGAGAAACAGAGUAAUGUUGGCGAGCGCCAAGAGGAAUCUUGCUGCCAUGGCUUUCUUCGGCCUCACAGAAGACCAAAAGGUGAGCCAGUACGUGUUCGAAGAGACGUUCAACCUGCGCUUCGCGGUGCCGUUCGAGCAGCACAACGCGACCGUGUCGAGCGUGACGCUCGCCGCGCUGCGCCCGGACCAGAAGGACGCCGUCCAGCGCCUGAACGCCCUCGACCUGGAGCUGUACGAGUUUGCGCGGGGGCUGAUGCACCAGCGGUUCGAGCGGCUCCGCGCACGCGACCCCCAGUUCCCGGAGCGCUUCUCCCACCUGGGAGAGCUCCCCGGGCGGCCGCAGGAGGCCUUCGACUGGGACAGAGAGCUGGCCGACGACGGCGGCAACAACACGCUGCAGUAGGCGGAGUCUGCCUGCCGGGGCACUUGACUGUGAUAGUCUCAUACUUCUAUGGGGAACGACGCAAACACCAUUACGUAAAACGUAAACUACUAGUACUUGAACUUCUUCUGCUGCUCUCAACUACUUGUACAAGUGAGUGUGUAACCUUGUAAUUCGUGUAGCGCACAAAGUUGUAAACGACACCACCGUGUAUUCAGUGUUCGCUGUUCGCCACAUGCACCAGCUCACGCACCGGGAACUGCAUCUGCACUGCAUCGUGCCGUCAGUGUGGGGCCUGCGCUUGCCAACGGUAGUCACGUUCCUCUCGCUGUCUGCGAGGGAGACAGUCAGUGCAACUGAUCCCCAUCCUUCGCCCGCACCCUGCUGGUCACUGCCAGGUCCUACGAACUUGUCUAGAAUGAAAAUGUCAAUUUUAGCUGAGGGAAAAAAAAAAAAAAAAGGACAUUAUUAUACAUUUUAGUAUAAUAUUUAAUCUCAAGUGGUUUCAACUUUUCCUUUUUUUUUUUUUACAGCUGUUGACUGCUGGUAUUUAAUAAACUGUAAGAAAAUGAUUACCCUUUCUGUACUUGGUUCUACGUUUAACACUAAAGUGAUUAGGGCUGUAUCAGUUUUAUAAUACAAGUUUAAUAAUUUGGGAUUUUUAAAAACUAGUGUUUAAAAUUGGCUGUAAUCCCCCUCUAUGUGGGAACGACAAGUCUUUGCUUUGGCAAGUCAACCCAUAUUUUUCUGUACUAUGUAGUUGUAGCAUCAUGUAAGAAAAGAAAGUGCUAAAUUGUGUAUGUAUUACGUACAGUGGAACCUCGCUGAUAUGAGAACGAGAACGGUAUAUUACGAGAGGCUUGGAAUUACGAAUGUUUUGAAAUGGACUGCCAGUUUGAUGUAGAAACCGUAGUACAUUUACUAUAUGGUAUUAACAACAGGUUUUCUGGUGCCUCUUUCUUGCGACAAGCAGCAGUGAAAGAAAGAAUUUUGCCCUUGGGUCACUAAGCAAGCAAAUAAAGGAAGGAUAUGAACGUUGCUACAGAGAUAAAGAACUGGGGGGGGGGGGGGGGGGUUUUGAAAGGGACUCACCACAGUUAGUGCUUUCUUAUUCCCUGCCAUCCUGGGCCUAUCACCGUGUAGUUUUUCAACUAAGCUAUUCCCAUCGGGUCGGGACAUGUGUUAGUUUAAGCAAAGACAACAGCGGCUCGCCGGCAGGUCGUACGGUAACUUACUAAUGAAAUUAAAAUGGCUAGAGAUAAAAAUUUAGUAUUGAAUACUGGUAGAAUCCAUUUUGGUUCUAUGCAUUUUUUCCGACAAAGUUACAUUUUUGAAAUAUAACAUAGAGUUUGGAAAUUUUUGGAAGGAGUGGGAAAUUAAAUUUGAGACAUUUUUUAAAAUAUUUUUUAUUAUUCUUAGGUUGUUACAAGUUGUGAGAGCUCAUAGGACAGAAUAAUCUGCCAUUGUCAGUUCUCAUAGUUGCGAGGUUCCAAUGUAUUUUCAUGAAUUGAGUAGAGUUAAUGGUUUAGUUUAUAACAAAAAGAGGAUUUAAAAGGAGGAAACUACUAACUUUCAUUACAGUUAUGGCCUGGCCAAAUAAAUCUUGUUUUUGAUGGUUUGAUCCGCACAGCAAGCCCAUAGUUAUUACAGUUACAGAUCCAUUUAUGCUCCAUAUUUUAUUUUAAAUUUAUUUGUCAGAAGUUUUUUCCUCAUUUGUAGUUUUUUUACCUUUAAUUUUUUUACAAUAACUUUUUUGCAUACUAAAAUAUGUAGUAGGAUUUUGUAAUGCUACUGAAAGAGCUCAGCCAAUUUUGACUUGGAGUUUUGGGUCAUUUCUAAUGUUCUGCUGAGUCUGAUGUCAUUUAUACCAUUUUUAUAAUUGAUUUCUAAAAUCUAUUCUGUUCUCUUUUUGUAUUCAGAAAAGAAAAUGUUAUUGAAAACUAGGGACUUGACUGCCACGUCCUUUGGACUUUCACAUGAAAGUCAAAAGAAAACAAUAAAGUCAAGUGGAGGUUCAUGAUUUAACAAACAUGGCGAUGAAAAAAUGUGCAAAGAGUAUUACAGUUGUUUGGAUAAUUAAUUACUGUGUAAGUUUGUAUGUCCCCUGGACAUAGCUGUACAAAUUUUUGUUGUUUAAAAUCGAAAUUAAUUUUACAUUUAAGGACAUGAUGUUAUAGUGAAUUGUGAUACUAAAACCAAAAAAACACAGAAAAAGCACAUGCGUGCACCAUGUAACACCUAAAUGCAAGUUAGGACACUAUGUAGCACAACAUUUUAUUUAAAAAUCACAAAAUAAUCAGCAUUUACUUAAUCUAUCAUUAUAUUAAAUUCAAUGAGUUUACAGGGUGGCCACUCACCGGGAAAACCGGGAAAACCGGGAUUUAUCAGGGAAAUCACGUUGAUCGGGAAUUAUCAGGGAAAUGUCAGGGAAUUUUUUUAAUAACCGGGAAUUUUUUGUGUCAUGUAUAUUUCCCUGCCAACCAUUACGGAUUUUCCGUAAUUAUUACGGAUUUAACACAAUAUUACGGAAAUACGGAACAUUGCUGGUUUACGGAAAAAAAAAUCCGUUUCUGGUGUGCGUGUUUCGUGAACGCAGUUCGAAUACAUCACGUGGUUGCGCAGAUAACGGAACUGAUAAAUGUGCGCAUGUACUGUCGAAAUAAGUAGAUUAAUUGUUGUGUUUUGUAAUAGAAAUGGUACGGUAUUACGUCCGUUGUACGAUACAACUAGUACAUAUUCUCGGACUUUUCGUCUGUUAGCUACUUACAUCACGAUAAUUUUUGUAUGGUACUUUGGCUAACCUGUCUUGUGUUAUUUACUUUGUUGAAAGCCAUUUUUUUUACAAAGUGUUUUUGUCGUGUGUACAGACGUGAAACCUUUUUAUGUCGUUCGAUAGUGUUGUGUUCUUCAGUGCCGGUUGUAGAAAUGAAGCGUGUGACAGAACAAUGUGUAUCUGAGUCAAAAAAAGAACGUUAUUCUUCAGAACUUUCGACCAAACUAUAUAAAAGAAUGGUCAUGCUUGUCAUCUUCAAAUGUUGUGGAACGCCACGCUUUUUGUAAUGUAUGCACGUGUGACUUUUCGAUUGCGCAUGGUGGAAGGGAUGACUGAGGACGGCAUAUUGAAUCAAAGAAACAUGCAGAACAUUUUAAAGCCGUGACGAGCAAUAAAUCUAUAUCGUCGUUUUUCGCUACAUCUGAAGAAACGAAAGUAACAAACGCAGAGUUAUUGUUUACAAGUUUUUUGGUAGAACACAAUUUACCGAUAGCAGUAGCCAAUCAUUCGGGUAAUUUGUAUAGAGCUAUGUUUCCGGACUCAAAAAUUGCACAGAAAUACAGCUGUGCGAGAGCAAAAACAUCUGCCUUAGUGGAGUAUAGGCUGGUUAAACUAAAUUGAAACUGUUGAAUCUUUAGUAAGUUGACCAUUUGCUUUAGCUACAGAUGGGAGUACUGAUUGUAAUGCAGUGAAGAUUUAUCCAUUAGUUGUUUCACAACUAGAAAUGUUACACUUCAAAAAUGAAUUAAAGAACAGUUAUCAAAAGUUGUGUGAAAAAAAUGUUUGAGCACUCGCCACUGAAAUACCCCAUUACAUAAAACAAAACACAGACUGCAUGUCAUUGAACGGGACGCUAUAAUGUAAAGUGACAUAUUUAAAAUGUAUUUGUUAUUUAACGAACUUCCGUAUGUAUAUAAUGAAGAAAAUACAGCAGGGUGCUAAAAUAUGAGUAAUCUCUUUCUAUAAUAUAUUUUUUCAUCAAAAGUAUGUUUUUUUUUUGUAAUUGUAAAUAUCAGGGAAAUUUUGAAUUUUUAAUCAGGGAAAUCAGGGAAAAAUCAGGGAAUAUUUUUGGUGACUGUGAGUGGCCACCAUGGUUUAACUUGAAGUUUUUACUAAUGUGUAAAUACCAAAUGGCUAUAAAAUGUAAAUUUUACAUUUAUUUGAUUUUGUAUCUCUAACACAUUUUUACAUUACUGAUAGUACAUGUUUCAAACUCACAGAUACUUGGCAAUUUAUUUUUAUUAUUCUAAGUAAUUCGUGCUCAACAUGUUUAUGACAGAUUAUUUUAGUGUUAAAAUGCAUUUGGUAACAUAUUUUAUGAAUAAAUGGGAUGUAUAAAACAAAACAAAACAAAAACAUAAAUAUCUUGUUUUAAAAAUGAAAUUGGCCUAUAAAAAUAUAACCAUAUAAUAUGUUUCUAGUUAUGAUAGGUAGUUGAGGCAGUAUUUAAAUUGUGAGCGAUUUUUAAGCAAUUGAAACUUUUUUAGGGGUGUAUUUAGUAUAAAAGUUUAUUGUACUAAGGUGCUAUAAUGUACAAAAAUCAUAUUUUAUAAUAAAAAUACAAAUCAGAAUGGGUAAUAUUUGGAAGGCCUUCACUCAGUGCAUCAUAUUUCAUAUGCAUCUUGUGAAUGAUGAAAAUUCUUCAGUUCGAACCAUUUACUUCAGUGCCUACAGUGCAGAACUAACAGGUCUGCUUGGGUGAUUUGCCUGCUUGUAAAUGCAAGGUUAUCGCUUGUAAUCACUCUUCUGUCUCGGAGCCCUGGUUUUUAACUUUUAAGACAAGGGUCGUUUGCUCAUUCCCAGCAUAAAAUUGGUGCCCCAUGUUUUCUCCAUAAUUAUUGUGGAUUAAAUGUUCAAAGUUAGCCCUGUUAGAGCACAAAAUAACUUAAAGAUAAUUUUUUUUUUAACUGCUCUUUGUUUGGUCACAUUAGUACUAAUAAUCAGAAGUAUUGACUUUUUUCUCUCAAAAAAUUGUGAUAUUACUUAUUUAUUAUUCUGUUAUAAUAACAUAAAACAUAUGAAGUCUUCAGUAUGCCAUAUUUUUAUACUAUCUAAAUUAGUUAAAGGAUACAAGAUGUCCAUAAAAGAAUGUGUCAGUUUCAAUAGUAUGAUAUAACAUUUUAAUUUAGCCUAUUUACAACAAAUCAUACAUGAAAUUAAAGGUAAACUAAACUGGGUAGUUUUUUUUUUUUUCCGAUAUGUUCACCAUUUGUUAUAUGGCACACAUCAAACUUAAAGUCCAAUUAUUCCCACAUUUUGGUUAACAAGUCCGGAGUAAUUAUGUGCCUCAACUCUGGCAAAUCAUUAUUUAGUGGUAGAACAUAGAAACAAUCUUUUAUAAAGCCCCGAAGGGAAAAAAAAUUGCUUGGCGUUAUGUCAGGUGAAUGUGGAGGCCAACGAAAAAGAGCUCUUUCGUCUCAACCAAUAUGAUCAUUCCAAUGGUACGGGGCUUGGACAUUCAACCACUCUCGUACAAAGAGAUUCUAAUUGAGAGGUGCUCCAUCCUUUUGCCAAAUAAAGUUUACAGGUUGACCUUCUACUAUUUGGGGAAAGAGCCAUUGUUUCGUGCUGCAAGCGAGAAGGAAAACAAAGCAGAAUUUGCAUAUGCGUUUACCUAAAACUCUUUAAUUGUGACCUUGAACGAACACACUACCAUGCUUUCAGUUGAUACUAUUAAAUUUUAUAACUGAGACAUUUUUUUUUAACUGCAUAUGGUGGCAUUAGUUCUAUUUUUGUGGCCUGAAAUAAUGUGGAAGUCUGAUUUGGGGAUGUGCACAAUGACAAAUUUCAUUCUUGUAAGAAAAAGAACCAUUGUAUUAAGCCCACCGCACAGGGAACAAUAUUCCUUACGAGAUCAUACUCGUGUAGUUUUGCUUACAGUAGGGCCUGUGCUAUGAUGCUCUUUGUAUUUUUAAUUAUAUAAUGUACUUUGCUUGUGUAUUGCAUAAUAAAUUGUAUUUUCUGAAAAUUAAGUUCCUGUUUGAAGACUAUUGCAAUAACAUGCACUAAAUGUAAGAGUUUUAUUUCCAGAUGUUACAAUAAUGAAGUAUGUAGCGCAUAACAGCCUUUACCUCAAAGAUGUUUGGUCAUUUGUUCUAAACUUGGUGCAUUCUAAAUUAGUUUUUAUUUUAAGGUUAUUUUAAGUGAAACAUUAGUGGUGCACCUAUAUCUCUCACUUAACACGUCUUCAGAUUGUGCUGAUUCAUUUAGCUAGAAGUAUUACAGCGCGCAGAUUUUCAUGAAGGCCAAGCUUAUGUUUGUCGCACUUUAGUUUUAAGCAAGUCAACUGUGCACACAAUCGUACCAAAUAAGGACUCUUACCAAAAGUUUAUAUAAGUCUGAUGCUGUUGGUUGUACUAGUGGGAAUAUAUUUGACAUUAGAUACCGGAACAGAAAUUAACAGAUGAUUCACAUGGAAAAGGUUGUUAAAUGAGUGUUGCAAUGAAAAAAAAAAUCUUUAGCCUGACAGCAUUGGUGUUAACCAGGUGGUGAUACGCGAAUAAGCUCUUUAAUUUUUGAAAAAUUAAAAUGUAAUUAUUUGGACAGUAAUAUCGGUUUAACUGUCAGUAAAGGAUGCUUUGGAAAGGUACACUACGUGAGUUAAAGGUCACGCCCAGGCGGGCAAGUCAGCCAGCCGACUGACGUUAAAGUACAUAACCACCAUCUCCCGUUACGCGGUGUCGUAUUUGCGAUACAAAGUGUGAUGGGAGGCAUAUAAAGAUAAAUGGUGUGACAUAUUUAUAGUUCAGUGUUAUUCAACGCAUUUAUAUUACAUAAAAUAUAUUUUCUACACAAUUUUGGAACACAUUAAAUAAAUUAGCUAUGCUAUUUAUGGAAACUAAUGCUUCUAAAUACACAAUUUCGAAUAACACGUGCAUUUUUAGGAACAAAUUAGUUGUGCUAAGUGAGGGAUAGGUAGCUAAAAUGUUUUUCUAUAUAAGUUUCAUGCAUCAGCCUCAAAGUAAUUUGAAAUAAUAUUUUGUAGUAUUUGUCAAUAACUUCUAAAAUUUUUAUUUCAAUAUUGGUAAUAAUAUUUAGUUUUUUUUUUUAAAUUUCAAAUGACAAGGGUAAUGAAAUAAAAUUUUUAAAAUACUCUGCAUCAUCAAAUACUGUGCAUUCAUCAAACUGAAAUCAAAACUUAACGUCCUUCGUUUCAUGUUUCUUUUAUACAACAAAAUGUUUUAGGAUUCUUUUACAGAAGAAAAAAACUAUUAACAGAGGCCCAAACCUAUGUUAAAAAUUUGCAUUGCAUUAGUUAAAAUAGAGCUUACUGUAUUAAUUAUACUUGUAAAAAAAUUGCAAGUUUGAAGUGUAACAUUAGUCAAAAAUAAAAGUAAUGUUAUUACUGCAAUUUAUAAUUUAUUUAAUGUUAUGAAACAUGUGAGAAUCUCAUUAUGAUUUUGAUUAAUUUAAUUAUUAUAUGUUGAUAAUUGAAUCGUAUUACCAUCAAAUACUUUUAUCUGAAUAAUCGUAACAUCCAUAGAUGUUAUUCAGUAAUGAACAUUCCAUCUAGUGGUAAGAACCAUGGUAUGCCUGGAGGAUUAAAUCAAGCCAGAAUAUUUCUUGAUUCAAUGAUUGAAGAACCACACAAAAGGAAUCCAGUCUCGUGUAAAGCUACCUUGUUUCGUAGCCCAUUACGUAGCUUCAAGUGAAUAUAGUAAGAUUUAUAUAGGACAUAUUGUUCAGAGUGCAGUGGGCUUUACUCUAGUUAGUAAAAUGUUUGUUAUCAGUGGUUUAUAUUGUAUUAUAUAUUCCAGAUGAAACUUCUUGGUGUGUGUGAUUUCAUGAGUGAAGCCGGACUGAUCAAACUACGCCAUGAAAUGAAUGGUAAUGAUGUAAUGAGCAAGGGUUGAAGUUCCCACAUGGAGUAGCUUUAAAGUAGUAGUAUGUAGUUUACUCUAUUGUAAGGCUGGGGUUUGGCUUACAAAAUUGAUGACUUCCUACAUUUGCCAGAAAACUCUUCAACGAUUGUAGUAAGUAUAAAUACAGUAUUUUAGUAAGACAGUAAUUCAGGAUGUAGCAUUACAACUAGAGCAGCAAGUAAACUGUCUCAGUAACACUAAGUGCUGGCAAUUACAUGUGAACAAGCAAAGUAGUAGUACAUUCCAUGGAACCUUUCCUUAUCUAAGGUUCCUGUGUUCAAACUUGCUGGAAAGCUCUGUGUAGUACUCAAAAGAAUUAAUGCACUAGUGUUACCAUUUACAUUUUACAUGCAAAAAUGUUACUAGAAUGGAAAUGCAUCUUGUAUGUGGGUAAACAUCUUAGAAUCUGUUGAGUCUUAGAUUCGAGUAAACCCAGUACUUUUAUGUGUAUUUUUGUAGCACUUCUUAUGUUUAACGUGCAAGAUUGCUCUGCUUAUGAAUAUUCUCGCUUGGUGUGUAUUUUUUGACUCAUUGUUGAGCUGCAAUUCAUCGAAGUGUGAGGCGACACCUGUUUCCAUAUUAUUGUUAGUGUCUUUUUUAUUUUCUCAAAGCACGUAGAAAAACUUGAACAGGCAUCAUUGGGAAUGCUAUUUUUGUGUGAUUGUGAAUGGUCAGCUCAGAUGAUGAAUUUUUUUUAUUACAUUAAAUUCUUUAGAAUGUGAUUGAACUUAGUGUGCCAUAAAACAAAUAAUUAAAAAGCAAGUUUUAUUGUUAGCAUAUGUUAGAAGCUCUCUAUCCAUUGUGUUAUUUUAUAGAAAUUUUGAAAUUUAGGUGGUGUUUUGGUGACAUGAGACUUUUUUUACAUUUUACUGUAAGCUGUUUUCCAUGUUUGGCCUGCUGCUAGUCCAUUUUUUAAAUUAAAGUAUUGCAAUGCACUUCCACACAUACAAGACUAUAAGUAAAAAAAAAAUAUGCAAAAUAACUUUAUCAAUCCGAAUCUUGUUUGGCCCCAAGUAAUGCUUACGUGGUUUAAGAGUUCCACCAAUUUGCUUAUCUUUGUCAUCUUGCAUUUUGCAACACUUUUAUCUUUCUUUAAAUGAUUCAUGCAAUGGGUAAUUUUGAUUUAAUGCAGUUUUUUGGACAUAUGUCAUUACCAUGCUGCAAUGGCGUAUGUCCAAAAAAAACUGCUGCACUUUUAUCUUUAUCUGUUGGAAAGUUUUAUAAAAGAGUUAUUGGGUGAUAAUGCAACAACUAAAUUUUUAGUUAAGAUAUAUAAAAUUUUAUGGAUGUGUUAUUACUCGUAUUUGCAUAUUUAAGUGUCUUAAUGAUAUGUGAAUGCUCAUCUUUGCUGUUUUUUUUUACCCACUUCUUCUUUACAGAUUUUGUCACUCAUUUUAUUUUUUAUGAUAUCAUUUAUCUAGCUGACUCAUUUUUUUCUUGGUGAUUUCUAACAUCUACUAUUUAUAACAUUCUAUCAAACAAUACAGUAUGCGUAUACUAUUUUUAGCUUGUUUAUGUCAUUUUACCUUGUGAAACCAUACUCUGUUGUGUCAAAACUUAACUUUAAAAACUUAUUUAAUACAGUAUUACUUGUUUUUAAGAGGUACUUAUUUAUUAAUGGCAGUUAAAAUUUUAAAAUGGGUUCAAAACAUUAAAUAUUAUAUUAAGAUUCAACUAAUAUUCCUGGCACACCGUGCUCUAUGUGAUGAUCUAGUAUGGAAACAUUCAAAACAUGAUUUGGGUGCAAUUAUGUAACUUAAUAGUUCAAAGUACGGUAUUGUAUGGAGCAGAGACAUGGGGUGCGAGCGUGAGGAACCAGUAGCAAAUUACUACAUAAAUAUUCGCAGACUGAUUUACAGAAAGCCCUGUGUGGAUUGGGUUGGAAAUAAUGUGAUAAAAAAAGUAGUAACAUGUGUCAUGGCAAACAAAGUUAGCAGUUUGUUGGAAUUAUAAAAUCUAAAAUUACUUGAUAUUAUGGAGUUGUAAUGCUUUAAUUGUUUAAUAGUUUAUGGAUAGUAAAUUAUUGAUGUUAUUUCUUUACAUUAAAUGAUUUUAAUUCAUUGUUUAAGGAAACGUAUGUGCCAUGGUUGACAUCAAUUUAUUUUGACAGUUCAUUUGAAAAUCAUAAAAUGAUGUGAUAGGCCUACACACAAAGGAACAGUUGAUCUACCUUGUCAGUAGUCUAUGGUUCGGUUUAAGAGGAAGGCACUGAAGUAUCACAGGACACUGUAUGGCUGGUGAGCUUUAGGGUAAAGUAUUUUAACUUGCAUAAAAUAUUGUGAAUAGCACUACACUUUCCUUUCCCACUUGGCUGUUUAUCCAUUGUGUUGUGAUCUAGAUCAUGUAUCAAGUUGUAAAAUUUGGUUGAAUAAUAUUUUGUUUCAAAAUACAUUACUUGACCUUGAAUUCAAUGAAAAUACAGCAAGUGUGUGUUUAAAUGAACUGUUUUUGGAUACAAUGUGAUGUCGGGGUGAUAGUUGUUGAGGGUUAUUAAAUUUAAUUAUUUAAUUUUGAAAUAAUUGGGAAACAUUGCAGAUAUUGCUAGUGAGCCCCUCAUUGUAGUCAAGAAGUUAAGCUCUAAUAAUUCAUCCAUUCAGUACAAUUUAUUAUUACUUCUGCUCAUUGUUAUAAAUGACCUACAGCAGGGUGUCUACCGGUUGCGAAGAAGGCAACGAAACUGAAGGGCUGGUCACUGAUAAGUCUCGAAAUAAAAAAGUAUCAGUGCUAGAAGUCAUGAAACUUUAAUAUCCAGUAGCCUUUUACUAACAAUUAUUUUGUUUUUUGUUGAUGUCUUAAUUAUUUUUUUAAAUUACACAUUAAAAAAAUAUUGUAUACUGACCAUUUAAAUUAUGUGGAAAUUAUCUCUGAAAAGGUUCUAGCUUUCUAACUUAAAAAUUGACACAUUCCUGUGAUUAGUUGAUAUGUUUGUUAGUAUGUUUAAUUUUCCUUGUAUAUUAAAAUGACUGUGAUAUAAAAAUUUAGUAAGAAAUUAGUAUUAAAAAGUCCUGAUUUUGAUUCUCCAGGUAUCUUUAGGCAUCCUGUAAAGAGAUUUCAAAUUUGAUCAACCUGAUCUCUGACGGGCAUUUUGGAUACACAGUGAUUGCUUUGGGAACAUCGUAAAGGUUUAUAAUCCACAGAAAUGCAUUUUAGGAUGCAAGAUGAUUUAUUGUGGUCGGUGAUUUCUCUCUCUCUUGUUUGGCGUCUGCCUCUAGAUGCGAGCUCGGGAAUGCAGGUGCACUGCAGCUCUUGCUGAUAGCUCUUAUCAAGCCCUUGGUUGGCUUGUACUCACCCUCCUCCAGUACGACACGUAAGCUUACUGGGCCUGGCAGAUGGAGAUGUAGUUUGUAAAUACAGCCUCAUGACACUGAAAUACGCAAAUAACAUUGUGUAAAUGUUUAGUCUGACACAGUCGUGCUGAACGGAUUUAUUGUGUGUCCGCACUAACAGUGGUGCAAUAUUUUAAUAUACUGUAGUUUUAGUUUGUUGUGAUGCUUUGUUUAGUAACAAUUGAAAAAAUAAUGACAUUUAUUAAUUUUAUUGCCCUUAUUAAUGUAGUCAUUGCUUGUUUGACACAUGUGACAUGUGCAAUAGUUCUAAGUAGAUGUCCUUAAUUUUUCCAUGAGAUUAUGAUUUACAGUAUGAAAUGUGAUCAGUUUAGGUAGAAGGGCCUAGUUGUGUGUAGUUGUCGGGAGUAGAUUUUGUUUUACUAAUUUGUACUUGAGUUUCACUUACUAAGUGAAGUACACUUUUAGUUUAUGUUAAAGCUUAAAAGAUUUAUGAAAGAUAUUGUUAGUGGAAAUAGUUGACUAGGUUAUGUGUUUUUGAUUGGAUAGGUUAGUCGUUAGUAGAUACUUUUGUUGUGAGAUUGAGAAAAACAUGUAAUUAUGCUGUAGAAUUGCUGAUCGCUGAAUAUUGCUUAUGGCAAUGACAAAAGUAAUAAACAUUUGUAGUUUAUUGUUGUUUCAUGUACAUUUUGUUGAUUUAUGGCAAAAUACUUUGGGUACCUAUUUCAUUUUAAUUAUUUUUAUAUUAAUUUCUUUGAAUAUAAUAGCUUCUAAAUGCAGUUCUAUUUAACUACAAUCAUUUCUUCAUUCUUUAGCUUUAGACCAUGAUAAUUGUUGAAAUUUAGAAGAAAAUAUUUACUAGUGUAAAUUUUUAUCAAUUGCACUCUAAAAUUAAAAAUGUGUCAAAUUUGACACUCAAUGAGUACCAUAUUUAAUUCAAAUUCUUUGAAAGUUGUAUUCAUUAGUUUGGUUGUGAAAAAAUAUUAUAUCAUAAGAACAGUUUACCAAACAUUAGUACAAUCAGGGUGAUUUGACCUUCACAGCAUAAUGUCAGUGAGCAUCUAGGAAACAAUGCAAAUAAUGUCUGGGUCAUGGAAUAUGUCUGGCAACCAAAUAAAGUAGCAGAUGCUUGCGAUUUACCUUUCUGUUCAAAGUGAAUUUGUAGUAGCCUUGAUGUGUUAUUGAGGAAGUGUGGUUUUUAUCAUGCAGUUUUGUAUGUUUUUAUAAUACAGUAUCAGCUAUGCUAUGUGAAAAGUGAACUGCUAUUUAUGUAUUGAUAGUCUGUUUUCUUGUUCUGGGUUGCAUUUUGUAGACGCCAUUGAGAUGCUAACCAUUGCGAGUUAAUGAAAACUGUUGCCCAUAGGAAUGUGCACCAUUCUAGCAUCUUUGUCAUAAUUUUUUAUCACAAAAAGUACAUUUAAGCAUUAAAAAACUAAAUAAAAUUUUAUCUUAAAGCACACAUUUAAAUCUCGUAACUUAUGUAUUAAUAAUUUUAUUUUUGUCUCAGUGUAACUCAGUUUGUGCACUUUAUAAUUUGUGUGAGAGAUGACUUAACGCAAAAGUUGAUUGUAGCAUUGUGAUAUGUACAACUACUGGGAUUAGAUUUUUUAAACAGAAUAUUUUACCUACAUUAAUAAUUUAGUAGAGUGUAUUUUUUUUUUGAACUCAGUCAUAAUGUCAAUGGAAUUUUAUAAUCCUAAAAAUAUUGACUGCUUGUGCAAUCCUGCAAGUUGUUAGUUUACUUACUUAAUUUUUGGUGCUUUUUUUAAAAAUCUAAAACUGAAAAAUUCAGGACUGCUUUUUGGCUUGUGUUGUUAAUUUAGUUGGCUGUAGUUCAUGGUGUUACAUAGUAGCUGAUGUAUUGUACUUGCCCAAUUGGAGACUAAAUAUUGCACUAGCUGUUUACAUAUAUAAAUAUAUUUAAACAACUCUAUAAAUAAGUAAUAAUUUUGAAUGAUUGAUGACACUAAAAAUUGUGUCCAGGUAUGCACAGACUUGCAAAACACUCACGGCACAAAAAACUGUCAUUUUGAAAGUUCAACUGGAAGGCCUGUAAGCUUGGGCAUUAUUAUGUGAAAUGUAUUUGUGUCAAGGCUAAAUGACGUCACAUUUUAGUUUAAUCUAUGCUGUUUCUAGUUCUGGCACUAUAUUUAAAAAAAAAAUAGUAUUAAAAUAAAUUAAAUUUUGAGCAGCAAUAUUUAUUUUAAAUUUAGUCCUAUAACUUUUACUAAAUUUAUUCUCAUCUUUAACUUAAUUUUAUGUUUUUCUCUGAUUUAACUUUAUUUACUAUCAUGAUUUUUAAUUUUGAAAAAUGUAUAUUUUUUAUAUCUAGAUUGUUUAUUAUAAUUCCAGUCAGUUAGCCGUCCUUUUCUUUGCCGGAUGUUCUGUGCUAGCUUAGAGCGCUUCUUGCCCUGGGGUAACGCCUGCCUGUCCGCCGCAUCCCGGCGUGCUGCCCUUGUGAUCGCUAAGCAGUUCCUUGCAGUUUCGCCUUGCUUCUUCUCGUGAUUUCCUGCAAAACAUCUGCCCUUCGGUUCCUUUUUUCUUCCCUUUUUGGUACCACCCGUACAACCUGUUGGCAUUUCUGUAAGCUUCCUAUGUUCAGUUGUUUCGUUCUUAAUUACUUGCUUUGUCUGUUGUCCAAGGCAUUCUUCAAGAUGGCUCAGGUCAGUGAUGGUUGCUACUCGUCGUGUUUUUCACAUCUGUAGUUUUAAUUUUUUUUGUUUAGGAAUCAUCUAAUUGUAGGAGUGGUGCAUUUAUUUGGUGCUUUAAAAUAUCUGUGUUAUGUUUCUUUGUCCUGCAUUUUCAUUAAGUCACUAGAGAGAAUUAUUAUUUUAUUUUUUAUGUCAUUUGUAUUUCAAUUUUUGUGCAAUUAUUUUUUGUAUCUUCAACCUUAUGUAGCAGGUGAUUUUCAGUGUUUUGGAUUAUAUUUUCAACUUUGCUUCUGGCUAGGAAAUGGGGUCUCAGUGAAUCUACAUACUUGUUAGCCCGGUGAAUAUGGUUCUGCAUUUGCUGCUGUACGCGAGGUCUUAUUUCUAAACUUUUUUUUUUUUUUUUCCAAAUUGGACAACACUGGCACCGCUUUAACUCACUCUAAGGACAUACCUACGUUCGUAGUUGGUUUUAUCAUUUUACUCAGCACAUGUCAGCCUAUUAAAUAAAAUAAUAAUUCAUUGAUUUCAAGUCUAGUUUCUCUUGCAGAAGGCUUGUAAACAUGAGUUUCGUGCAGCCAAGUAGAUAAAAUAAACAAUUAUAUUCAUGUUUGAUGUAGUUUAAAAUUUGAUUUGAUAACUACUUAUGGAAAAAUUAACCACAAAAUGUGCGCGCGAGUUGGUGACGUUCUGUAUUUUGAUUCGUGGGAAUAAAGCCCUGAAUAGUUCCAAGCAUUAGGGUUGUUCACUUAAGUUAACUGAACAUUUCAUUGCUUCAUUAAAUUUCUCACAAAUUACCAGUUAAAAGUUAAUGUCUGUAACUUUUUUGUCAUAUUUAUACAAUGUAUGAUGUCAAAAUAUUGUGGUAAUUCAUUUAACUCUGUGGAAACUAUAUUAAAUAUUUUAUGUUAUUUACUAUUGUGUACUUAAUCUAACGAAAUAAUUUUUGCAUGUGAAUUGUCUGAAUAAUACAUGUGAAAUUUCUGCAAGCAUAUCAAUUAAAGGAAUUUGGUUUUCCAUUGCUGUUGAUCUGACCAGAAGUUACUACAAUGUCUAUUUUAGUUUGAUAAUACAGGAUCUGCAAUGAAGUAUACUCUUAACUCUAUAUAGCAGUAGGUUUAAAUAUAGCUCAUGAUAUAUAUUUUUGUAGGUUCUUGCAGUUGAAGCAAGAAUUUUUGUUUGUAAUGUACACAGCAGUGACUGGAACUGUUUCACAUGUUGCAUUGCCAAUGUAUGUUUUUGCAUAAUAUUGUAUUGUUGACUGUUGUGAUCUAGUUAAGUGUUGAAGAUGUUUUUUAGUAUUGCAUUUUAUUUCUAUGAAUUAUGUUACAUUAAAUUUUUCUUUAUUAAUGUCUCUAUUAAAUUAAGUAAAUAAAUAUUUAGCUGAUGAAUCUUGUGUGUGAACAAAUUGUAAUGUUUUUGAACAUUCAUAAAAAAACAACAAAUUUUUUACUUUGUGCAUCAACCUGUAAGUACUAUGUUUAAAAAGAAAUUGUAGGUAUGUUGUAAGCUUCAUUUGAUAAUCAGAAUUGUAGCAUGAGAAAAAAAUAAAUUUAAUUACUUCCUGACUAUGUUAAA